AUGCAAGAGAAAAUGUGGACGUGGAGAGACGGAGCAAGAAAAGAUGAUGCCCGUCCCACCGGCGGCUACCUCGACACGCCCGAGGAUCUCCGGCACCACUUGUCGCCCGUGUGCCAACCGGGCUGCGACCACCGGGACUGCUUCCACGCCAAAGCUCUGCAAGCGCCCACGUCGCUCGACGGCAUCUUUCGCCUGCCGGUGGAGCGCACCCUCUCGGUGCCCGAGCAGGUCCGGCUCGCACUCAAGCUGGUCCAGGGCGUGCUUCAGUUUCAUUCGACGCCAUGGCUCCAGCCCUACUGGCGACUGCAGGACUUGUCAUUUUUCCCGACCGAUGCCGGCCUGGCCGACUCGUUGAACACGCUGCACAUUAGCGCCGAACUCUCUGGAGAACAGCGGCGCGCGCAGGCGUUCCACGAUCAGAAACAAGAGCUUUGCUGCGAUGCCAUUAUGACCAAUAGUGACGGGGACGGCGAGAUUCUAGAUGCACAGAUCGCAUGCGGCAUUCGGAAUAUGACCAUGCAUAGCCUGGGCGUGGCGCUCCUCCAGAUCGGGCAGUGGACCGUCCUGCAGCCCGACGACGUUGUCGAGGUGAGAAAGAUUGCGGACCUGGCUGACCGCGGCUCUCGACUCGGGCCGCGGUACCAGAAGAUUACUCAACAGUGUCUAGACUGCGAUUUUGGGUUCGGGAAAGACUUACGUGAGCCGCAGUUGCAGGCUGCUAUUUAUAGAGAUGUGGUUUGUGAGCUUGAAAGUUUGGUCUCUACUCUAGAGGGAACAGUGCCCCAGAUCUGA